UAUCGUUGGUAUAUUUUCAAUUUGUUCAUGUAAAAUCAAGUCAAUAGCGCACAUUUGUGAGAUUUCUACGCUUCUUCACAUUUAUUACAAUAUAAAAUGUGAUUCUCUUGGUCAAUAUCUGUUUUAGCGAUUCAUCAUCUUAAUUAGUUUAUCUGCAUAAUGGCAUCAAAUAGUCCAAAGCAUCUUUCAAAUGGACCUCCAGGCACUCGGCCAUUAAUGAUGCCUCCUCCACCUCCAUUUGGAAUGACACCUCCACCAAUACCACCAAACUUUAUGGGCAGUCCAAUGAGACCUGGACCAGGAGGGGAGGGUAUGCGGCCCCCAAUGAUGAUGCCUCCAACUGGCACUCCUGGAAUGCCUGUUCCUGGACCAUUCCCUGCUCCAGGAAUGCCUGGACCAGGAUUUCCUAUGCCAGCAUUUCCAAGAAGUAUGGCCCCAGUUCCUGGAAUGGCACCUCCCGGUACUGGUACGACCAUUCCUACACCUUCUGUUAUAUCAGCACCACCAUCAAAUACCACUGUUGUUACUGCUCCAUCUUCUCCAUCUAUAAAUGGUAUAGCAAAAGAACCUCAGAAUGAAUCUACUGCUAAACAAUCUGAAAAAAAAAGUAAUUGGACUGAACACAAAGCACCAGAUGGAAGAACAUAUUUCUACAAUCAUGUGACUAAACAAUCUAGCUGGGAAAAGCCUGAUGAGUUAAAAACUGAAUCAGAGCUUCUAUUAUCACAAUGCCCUUGGAAAGAAUACAAAUCUGAAACUGGUCGAACAUAUUAUCACAAUAUUCAAACUAAAGAAUCUAGAUGGACUAUACCAAAAGAAUUGGAGGAUCUGAAAAAUAUGGUUGCUGCCAAGGAAGAUGGCAGUGUGCCCAAAAUUUCUUCUCCUGUUCCUACUCCUACUCCUACUUCAGCUGCAGGUGUUGCUUCACCUUCAAAAGUUAAUUCUGCUGGGGCCAACUCUCCUGUAGUUGCAUCACCUAUGUCUGAUGGCCAAAAUUCAAUUGCUAAUAUUCAGUUGCCUACAAUGGCACCUCUGUCUGCUUCUGAAAAUAUUGGUACACCUUCUGAUCAAGGUGAUGCUGAUGAUAGGGAUGAUGCAGUUGAAGAAGAAGACCCAUCCAAAGUUACAUUCAGAGAUAAAAAAGAAGCCAUUGAAGCAUUUAAAGAUUUGCUCAGAGAUAAAAAUGUUCCAAGUAAUGCUACUUGGGAACAAGCAUUAAAACUUAUUGUGAAUGAUCCCCGCUAUGGAACAUUAAAAAAGCUGAAUGAGAAAAAGCAAGCAUUUAAUGCUUAUAAGACUCAACGGUCAAAGGAAGAAAAGGAAGAGCAACGUCUAAGGGCAAAAAAGGCUAAAGAGGAACUGGAAGUGUUUUUACAGAACUGUGAUAAAAUGCAUUCUUCCCUGAGAUACAGGAAAGCUCAAGAAAUAUUUGGCGAUUUAGAAGUUUGGAGAGCUGUCCCAGAUCGAGACAGAAAAGAGGUUUAUGAUGAUGUUGUUUUCUUUGUUGCAAAACGAGAAAAGGAAGAAGCCAAGGCUUUAAGGAAAAGGAAUAUGAAAGUUUUAAGCAGUAUUUUGGAUGCCAUGACAAGUGUAACUUAUCGAACAACUUGGGCAGAAGCACAGCAGCUAUUGCUUGAUAAUCCACAAUUUGCCGAGGAUGCAGAAUUGCUCAAUAUGGAUAAAGACGAUGCUUUGAUAGUCUUUGAAGAACAUAUAAGACAGCUUGAACAAGAAGAAGAAGAGGAAAAGGAGCGUGAACGAAAGCGAGUUCAAAGGCAGCAACGUAAAAAUCGUGAGGCUUUUGUGCGACUUCUUAAUCAACUUCAUGAAGCUGGUAAACUAACUUCCAUGUCUCUGUGGGUGGAAUUGUAUCCCACUAUCAGUGCAGAUGUUCGUUUCACUAAUAUGUUAACACAGCCAGGAUCUACUCCACUUGAUCUUUUCAAAUUCUAUGUGGAAGAAUUAAAAGCACGCUUUCAUGAUGAGAAAAAGAUCAUCAAGGAAAUACUAAAAGAAAAAGGUUUUACUGUGGAAGUUUCUACAACUUUUGAAGAAUUCGCAACAAUUGUUAGUGAAGACAAAAGAUCUGCUACUCUAGAUGCUGGAAAUGUCAAACUAACAUAUAAUAGUCUUUUAGAAAAAGCAGAAGCUCGAGAAAAAGAAAGAUUGAAAGAAGAAGCAAGAAAACAAAGACGUUUAGAAAAUGCAUUCCGAAGUAUGCUAAAAAAUGCUGUACCUUCAGUGGAUACAAAUGCGGAAUGGAGUCACAUUCGAAAACAAUUUGAAAAUGAAGCUCCAUUUGAAAAUAUAACAGUUGAAUCUGAAAGAAUUCGGUUAUUUAAAGAAUAUCAGCAAACACUUGAAGAAGCAUGUAGUCAUCAUCAUAGUAAGCCAAAAAAGCAUUCCAAAAAAGCAAAGAAACAGAAACACCGUUCUCGAUCUCAAUCCAGAUCCAGAUCUGAGUCAGAAGAAGAUUAUAGGCAUAAAAAUUCUCGAAAAAAGAAACACAAAUCUAGGUCUAGAUCGAGAUCAAGAUCAAAGAGUAGAUCUUCUGGAGAAUCUAGAGGUCGAUCAGAUGAAGAUGAUCACAUGAGACGUCACAGAAAGAAGUCUAGGAGGAAAGAUAAAAGAAGGUCUCCUACUGCAUCUUCAACUGAAGCUGAUAGUGAGGCUGACCGAAGAGGGAGGGAUAAAAAGAAGAAAAAGAAAGAUAACCGUCAUCGAAAUCAUAGCCCUAGCCACAGUAGCAGUGUUUCAAGAGAGGAAGGUGAAGUGGACCAAGCAAGUGACAAGACUGGAGUUUUGGUUGAUAUCCAUAAGUCCAAAGUGAGAUAUUCUGAAAGUGAUGCCAGCGAAGAAGAGUUGGAACACCGUAGGCGAAUGCUGCUUCAACAACUGAAACUUCACCAAUAAAAAAACGUCAUUUGUUGAAUGGUAUUUUCAUUUAAUACUCCAAAAACAGUUUUAAUUUCAAUUAAAAAAAUUGUUACUCGAAAUUUUAGGACUUUGCCAUUGAAUUUAUUUUUAACUUUAGGUUCAAAAUCAUGAGAAGCAAUCAGUGAUAAUUGAAUCAAGAUCAAUCGAAAUUAUAAUUCUUAUAUAUUUUUGUAUUAUAUAUGUAAACUAUUUCACACCAUUUCGUCAAUAAAUAUCAUUCAUCAAUA